AUGAAAGCUUUGGGACUUUAUUUAUAUUUUGGGGAGAUUGAAAAUUUGAAACUGUUUGCUCGGAUAGUUAUUUCAGAGUGUUUACUACAUAAUUUGAUGUUGGGCAUAUCUGAUAUUACUAUAGCCAUAUCUGUUUCAAGCAUUCCUUUUCAAGGUUCUGUUAGAUUGUUGGCUGAUGUGAAUUUUACUAAAAACGUAAUUCAUCAAUUUUCUGAAAAAAUUGAUUCUUGUAUUGAUAAUCGCCCUGUUUGUUCUUGUUAUGGCUAUAGGAUGAAGAUCUUAUCUUUUUCACCCUCGGAACCUCAUGAACAGCUGCAAGACAAUAAUCAUGUUGUAUAUCCAGAGGAGAAGAUGAUGUCUUAUCCUUUUAAGAAACUUCUGUCGAAUCUAUUCGAUUUGGUUGUGCUGGAAAUCAGGGCAUUGGCAUUUGUGCUUGUGCUGCAUCAACUGAAUGCAAGUUCAAAUGCGGCAUACAAUGUAUCAAGGUUUAUAGCUUGGAAUGUGAGAGAAAAACAUUGCUGUGCUGGGUUACAACCCAGUUCAUUGAAGCAUUGCAUUGAAACAUCUAUAUCCUACCAGAGACCAAAUAAAAUAUUCCUGGUUAAUGCUGCUGAUGGACAACCUCUUGAAUCGGAGCCAAAAAAUGUUUUGAACUCCGUUAAAGAUUCCUUGGAUGCUUUCUAUAGGUUUUCUCGGCCACAUACAGUCAUAGGCACGGCAUUGAGCAUAGUCUCAGUUUCCCUACUUGCAGUCGAGAAGCUUACAGACUUUUCACCAUUAUUUUUUGCUGGGAUGUUGGAGGCUGUUGCAGCUGCCCUCUUAAUGAACAUUUACAUUGUUGGUUUGAAUCAGUUGUAUGAUAUUGAUAUAGACAAGGUUAACAAGCCAUAUCUUCCGUUGGCGUCAGGGGAAUAUUCAAUUCAAACUGGUGUCAUGAUUGUCGCAUCCUUUUCUGUUCUGAGUUUUGGCCUUGGAUGGAUUGCUGGGUCAUGGCCAUUAUUUUGGGCCCUAUUCAUCAGUUUUGCAUUGGGAACUGCUUAUUCAAUCAAUGUGAGUUUGUCUAAUCUCAGAAUUUUUCAUAUACAAUGCCUUAUCAGCGAAUAUUUUGAAAUAUAUACUUAG